AUGGGCCGCCCCAAGUUACUGCUUCCCUGGGGGCAGAGUACCGUGAUUGAGACGGUGCUGGCCGCCUGGAAAUCCAGCCAGGUCGAUCAUGUGGUGAUCGUCGUCGAUCAAGAGAAUGCCGAACUGGCCACUCUCGUUGCGAAGUACGAAUGCGAAGUGGUUCGGGCCGCCGCUCCGCCCGAUAUGAAAGCCUCCAUUCGCUGUGCGCUGAGUGAAAUCGUCCGUCGCUGGUCACCGCAACCGCGCGAUGUGUGGCUGCUCGCUCCGGCCGACUUCCCCACGCUCGACGCCCGCUGGAUCGACGCGUUGCUUGCGACGCACGAUCCGGCCAAUCCGCAUCCGUUGGUGCCGACCAGCGAGGGCCGCCGUGGCCAUCCCGUGCUGUUCCCCUGGCCGCUGGCUGCUGCGAUCGAUGAAUUGCCGGAUAAUGAGGGGGUGAAUCGCCUACUGGUGGAGCACCCACCGCGGGAAGUGGCGAUCGACGACGCCGGCAUGCUGGCCGAAAUGAACACCCCGGAGGAGUAUGACCGGCUGCGACAACGCUUCGACCACCACGCGAGUGAUGGUAAGCUUCUUCACAUUCGGUGGUGGAGCCUCGUAUCCGUCGUUUUAUUCACUCUCUUCAUCAGCGGCUGCGGAUCCGAUGCGUCUACAGAAGAUGACGACGCGAAAGCGAAAAAGGAAGAGAAAGAAAAGCGGGACAAGCCCGAUCUCGAGUAUCUCUCCCUGAGCACGCGGCCGACCGAUCAUGCGAUCACGGUGCCGCAGAUCAAGCCGGGCCAUUGGAUCGAAGCUUCGCAGCAGUUGAUUUCCAAUUACGAAGACUUUCAAGGCGAGUUGGAAGUCGAGCCUGUUCAGUUGCCUGGGGUUCCCUUCGCGUUGGGAACUUCUCGCGAUGUCGUGCUAGCCAAAUCCCAAAUCAAAUCGAUCCCGCUCACGGUCUUCGCGCCGGUUGGACCGAAGCGUCCCUCGUUCGAAUUCGUUCUAAGAGACAAAUCUUCGAACCACGCGCCUGUUCCCAGCAUCAAUCCGAUGAUUCGCCUGCCAGCGCAUCAGUUCUUUUUUACCGUGUUAACGCCCGAGCCGGCGCGGUUUCAGUUUCUUCGCGCUCUCGACAGUGUCGUCCCGCCGACCGGCAUGAUUCUUCCGCAAGGGGACGAAGCCCACUUUCGUGUGAUCACGCCGGCGAUCGACAAUAACCUGGCCCUGCCGUCCCAUCUGCUUACGUCGACCGCCGUGGCAUAUCUGCUGUGGGAUGAUAUCGACCCGGCGAGUUUAACGCCCGAUCAGAAGACCGCCCUUAUCGAUUGGAUUCACUGGGGCGGGCAACUCAUCAUUAACGGCCCCCAGACGCUCGAUCUGCUGCAAGGUAGUUUCUUAUCCGACUAUCUUCCCGCCGAGGGCGACGGAGUUGUCGAUCUUCCGGCCAAGCAGGUGAAUCAAGCUUUUAAUGAGAGUUGGAAGACGGGCAAGCUGGAAUUGAUGUCACCCGAGGCGUGGCCGGUUCAGCGAAUGGUCCCCCGACCCGGCUCCGAUAUUUUGAUGGAGAUUGACGACCUGCCGAUGGUGGUCGAACGCCGGGUGGGCCGAGGACGGGUCGUGGCCACCGCCUUUUCAAUUGCCCAAAGAGACCUGAUGGUCUGGCCCGACUUCGAUGGGUUCUUCAAUGCCACGAUUCUUCGUCGACAGCCCCGUUCAUUCUAUCACGACGACUUUGGCACAUUGUCGGUGAAUUGGGGCAAACGGUAUCGACCGCCUAACGACUUCGUGGAUUCCGAAGCAGGUUACAUGCACGUGUUCGAUCCCCGCGAAAAUUCGCGGGUUCGGCUGUUUACACGUGAUGCUCAAACCUACGAUUCACGCGGUGCACCUUUCCGCGAGACGCUCACGUAUGACCCAGCGGACCAAACUCGGUUCGGGAAUUCUCAGCUCAGUCAGUCAGAAGGCUUUCCGGGGGUUGCUGGCUGGCAGGAAUCGAAUUGGGUGGCACGGUUGGUGCUCGAUUCACUCAUUGCCGCGGCGGGGAUCGAAGUUCCGCGGGCAUCCUUCGUGAUGUGGAUGCUCUCGGCCUAUUUGAUCGUGUUGGUUCCCUUGAACUGGGCCGUGUUCAAAGCGUUGGGUCGCGUUGAGUGGGCCUGGGUUGCGGCUCCCGUGAUUACGCUCAUCUUCGCCCUGGUGGUGGUGAAGCUGGCUCAACUCAAUAUCGGCUUUGCACGCGCGCAGACGGAAAUCGGCAUCAUCGAGAUUCAAGCGGGCUACGAUCGGGCCCACAUCAGCCGUUACACCGCUUUUUACACUUCACUGGGUACGAACUAUCAGUUCGAGUUCGACGAUGCAGGGUCUGUGGCGAGACCCUUGGCCGCUGGCGAGCGAAUGUUCCAAGGUCAGCGCGUGAGAAAUCUCGAGUUCACCCGUGGAAACACCGCGGAACUCACCGGGUUCUCGGUUUCUUCAAACUCGCUGGGCAUCAUCGAAACCGAAAGCAUGAUCGACCUGGCCGGAGGGAUCCAACUCCGCGAUGUUGGCCUUGCCUGGCAAAUCGAAAACAAAACGGGGCUCGACUUACGAAAUGUCGGUGUGAUUGCCGGUGGGCGUUUUGGCUGGAUUUCGGAACUGCCCGGCGACGGCACCGCCACACUCGCAGCACAGACGUUCAAAACUUCGAAGGCGUUAGAAAUCGCUCUCAGGGCAAAAAGAGGGGAAGAAGCUAACAAUCCUGAGGAACUGGAUGUGCUGGCGAUCAUGAACCUGGCCGAGACCGACGCCGUCCGCUCGGGUGAAACACGCUUGGUGGCCAUUCAUGAGGGGCCGAUCGCUGGUGUGAAUGUCACGCCGGAGAGUGAUCAAAUCCGUUCGACGAUGGUGGUCGUGGCCAAUUUAAACUACAAACCGCUGAACGAGCCCCAGAAAGACAAUGUCAGUCGCCAACAGGCGGAACUUGAGUGGAAGGAAGACGAGUUCUCUCUCCGGCCCUAA